AUGUGGGAGCCCUAAUUCCUGAGCCGAUUGUCGCAUCAAACCUGUGUAUCAAGUACGCCGAGAACAGAGAGAGAGAGAGAGAGUAGAGAGCAAAGCUAAGGAGAAAGCGAACGAUGGAGGACUACGAAGAAAGGUACGAGGGGAACGGAGAAGAUCUCGGCAAUUACGGCUCUUCUCCACAGCCUCGAGUCGAUGAUUACAGCGAUUCCAAGUCUCAGCACUCUCGAGACUAUGAAAGAGGGUCUUCAAAGAGCAGGGAGAAAGGGCGUGAUAAGGAAAGGGACAGGGAUAGGGACAAGGGCAGGGAGAGAGAUAGAGAUAGGGAAAGGGAUCGGGAGAAGAGUCGAGACAAAGAUCGUGAUCGUCACCAUCGAGACCAAGAUCGAGACCGCCACAGGGCACGGAGUGAGAGACGGGAAAGGGGCAGAGAUAGAGAUGGUGAUGACCAUCACAGGAGUCGAGACUAUGAGAGGCAUAAAGAUUAUGACGGGGACAGAGAGGACAGGUAUGGACGAUCUCGCUCUAGUGGUAUAGCAGAGCAUAGAUCGAGAUCUCGUUCACGUUCAAAAAGCAAAAGGAUCAGUGGUUUCGACAUGGCACCUCCUGCUUCUGCAAUUUUAGCUGGUGCUGCAACUGCUGCAGCCUUUGCAGGUCAGAUCCCUGGGACCACCCCAGCUAUUCCUGGAAUGUUUCCAAACAUGUUUCCAUUAGCGUCUGGCCAACAGUUUGCAGCUCUUCCUGUUAUGCCAGUCCAGGCAAUGACACAGCAGGCUACUAGACAUGCUCGGCGUGUGUAUGUUGGUGGGCUUCCCCCCUCUGCAAAUGAACAGUCUGUGGCAACCUUUUUCAGCCAUGUUAUGUCUGCAAUAGAAGGAAACACUGCCGGUCCAGGAGAUGCUGUUGUCAAUGUUUAUAUAAACCAUGAGAAGAAGUUCGCUUUUGUGGAGAUGAGAUCAGUUGAGGAAGCCAGUAAUGCCAUGGCCUUGGAUGGCAUUAUUUUUGAGGGAGCACCAGUUAAAGUGAGGAGACCUAGUGAUUACAACCCCUCACUGGCUGCUACACUAGGGCCGAGCCAACCCAAUCCAAAUCUGAACCUUGGUGCUGUUGGGCUAACACCAGGGUCUGCCGGUGGGCUUGAGGGUCCUGACCGCAUUUUUGUGGGUGGGCUCCCCUAUUAUUUUACAGAAGCACAGAUCAGGGAGUUGCUUGAGUCUUUUGGGCCGCUUCGGGGUUUUGAUCUUGUGAAGGACAGAGAAACUGGAAACUCAAAAGGCUAUGCAUUCUGUGUUUACCAGGAUCUAUCAGUUACAGAUAUUGCUUGUGCUGCUCUAAAUGGAAUUAAAAUGGGUGAUAAAACUCUUACCGUUAGGCGUGCUAACCAGGGUACUACCCAACCUAAACCUGAGCAAGAGAAUGUGUUGUUGCAUGCACAACAACAAAUAGCAUUGCAGAGGCUCAUGUUACAACCUCCUCCUGCUGCAUUGGCCACCAAGGUUUUAUGCUUAACCCAAGUGAUCAGUGUGGAUGAGCUCAAAGAUGACGAAGACUAUGAAGACAUACUGGAAGAUAUGAAAACCGAGUGCGGAAAAUUUGGUACCUUGGUGAAUGUUGUCAUCCCACGCCCGAAUCCCAAUGGUGAACCAACUCCAGGGCUUGGCAAGGUGUUCUUGGAAUAUGUAGAUGUUGAUAGUGCCACAAAAGCUCGACAAGGGUUGAACGGGAGAAAAUUUGGUGGGAAUCAAGUUGUGGCAGUAUUCUAUCCGGAGAACAAAUUCUCUCAGGGGGAGUACGAGCAUGGGCAGAGCUAUGCAUAACGUAGUGGGUUCAAUUGAACCAAUUGAACUUUGAAUAUAUAUAUUUUUUAAUUUAGAAUUAUGAAGUGUUAUAUAAAAUUUAGGAAAAAUUACCUGCAUGUCUUUUCUGGAAAUUGUGUACUCUAUUUAGUCCCACGGAAACCCCAAAGUCCUCCAUUCUUCUCUUUCUCUUUUUCUUUUUGAUGUACACUCACCUGCGAUUGGCGAUCACCAUCGAUUGAGAUUCAUUGGCAA